AUGAGUGCCAGUGAAGACACCUCUUAUUCGUUUACUGAAAAACUAGAAUUUGAUGAAAUGUUAUUUUCUAAUAACCACAUCUUAUUAGAGGUGCUCUCACAGACUCUAAUUUAUCGUAAUGUAAGUAAGUCUGGAAGUAAUGCUAGUCUAAUAUUACAAUAUUAUUAUGCACAUGGAAAAGUUUUAGAGUUAUUAUUAUGGAUGUUUGAAAAAGAGUUAACAGAAAAUCCACCAGAAACCAAGUAUUUUCCAUUACAAAGUAAAUUGUCAUUGUUUAUCACUUUUUAUAAUGAAUACAGUAAAUUAUUUCUUAUGGACUAUUUAAAACAUGUGUUAACUCCUGUGUUAGAUUUAAUUGUCAGUAGUACCCUCAAUAUUUCUUUAUUUCAAGGAACAAAUAAUGAAACGAAUGAAGAUGAAACUAAACAAACAACAGAUAAUUUUAAACAUUCAUUAGAUUUAUUAAUUCAAAUCAUUGAUUUAUUAAAUAGAAAUAUAUUAAAAGAGGUUCAAUAUUUACCCCCUCAUUUCAAUGUAUUAAUACAAAAAAUAAUUAAUAGAUUAACACCGUAUAAUAAUGUAACAAAUGGAUUUAUGUCUGUUCUUCUUUUUCAAAUUACUGUUGCACCCAUAUUAGACAAUCCUUCUAUUAUUUAUUAUUCUACAGAAAAAAAUAUCUAUUUAUCAAAUAUUCAUAAAUUCUCUUUUAUAAAAGAAACAAUUAAUAGUAUUCAUCAAUUUACAAAAGAAAAUUCCUUUGCUUAUAUUUAUGCUAUUAAACAACAGUUAAAUGACCCAACACCAGAAUUACUUAAACAAUUAAUUAAUGAAAAUUUUUAUGAAGACCAACCACAAACAGUUUCUAAACAAAAUUCUCUUCACAAAGAAUUAAUAAAAAUGAUUAAAGAAAAUAUACAAUUAAUUAUCGAUUCAUUACCACCAAGAGUAUCUGAUAAGUUAUUGAAUAUUAUUAAUGUUGAACAUUAUGUAUUAGAUGAUUAUCAUAUUUUCCAUUCUGUUAUUGAGAGUAUCAAUAAAUAUUGUCUGUAUUAUAACAGACAAAUGGAACAUAACAUUAAAGCAAGUAAUGAACAACGUAGACUAUUACAACAAAUUCAAAAUGAAUAUCAAAGUUAUGAAUGUCAAUUACAAAAUAAAAGAGCUAAAAAUGAACAAUUGUUAAAUACGUUGAACUCUAUUCUUCAAAAAAAAGGAUUACCUACUGUUACUCGAGUUCUCCCAGAAUUAAAAAUUAAAGAAAAACCAAAAAAAGAAGUUGAUUGUUUAUUACCAUCUGUAAAAGAAGAAGUUCCUAAAAAGCGAGGGAGGACAAGAAAAACUACAUUUUAUGAAAUAGUUAUGGGUAGAAAAGGAAAAAAAGAAAGAAAGGACAAUUAA